CCUCACCUCCUCAAGGGCUCGUGGCGGAAGGCAGAGUGAAAGCGCUCUGCGGGCUCCUGCUCUCCCACCGCUACUAUACUAUGGCCCUCUCCGCAAAGGAAGACGCAAAGCGUAAGGCAACGUACCCGCUCGACACCAGCUCCCCGUCAAAGCGCCCCAAGCAGUCCAGCGAAACACCCUCCGAUGUCGUGCCUCCCCCCCCGAAGCUCGUUCCUUUCCCCGAGAAGCCUGCCGUCAUCGAAGAGAGGCAUGGCGAGAUCGAGUUCCGCGUGGUCAACAACGACGGCCGCCGCGAAAGUUCCAUCAUCCUCACCGGCUUAAAAUGUAUUUUCCAGAAGCAGCUACCCAAGAUGCCCAAGGACUACAUCGCGCGUCUAGUCUAUGACCGCACGCAUCUCAGCAUAGCCAUCGUCAAGAAACCCCUAGAAGUAGUAGGCGGCAUCACCUACCGUCCCUUCCAAGGCCGCCAAUUUGCCGAAAUCGUCUUCUGUGCCAUCUCCUCAGACCAGCAAGUUAAGGGUUACGGCGCCCACCUUAUGUCUCACCUUAAAGACUAUGUCAAGGCCACGUCCGACGUUAUGCAUUUCCUGACCUACGCCGACAACUACGCCAUCGGCUAUUUCAAAAAGCAAGGAUUCACCAAGGAGAUCACGCUCGAGAAGUCGCGGUGGAUGGGCUACAUCAAAGACUACGAAGGCGGUACCAUCAUGCAAUGCUCCAUGGUACCCAAAAUCCGAUACCUCGAAUCCGGCCGCAUGCUCCUCAAGCAGAAGGAAUGUGUAAACGCGAAAAUCCGCUCCGUCAGCAAAUCCUACCACAUCCACCCACCGCCCACCCAAUGGAAAACCGGCCUCUGCAAGAUCGACCCCCUAAGCAUCGCCGCCAUCAAAGAAAGCGGUUGGUCACCAGACAUGGACGAAAUGGCCCGCGCCCCGCGCCACGGACCCAACUACAACCAACUCCUGCAUCUCCUCAAUGACCUCCAGAAUAACUCCGCCGCCUGGCCGUUCCAGCAACCCGUCAACAAAGACGAAGUCCUCGACUACUACGACGUCAUCAAAGAACCAAUGGACCUUGCUACCAUGGAGGAGAAGCACGAGAAGGACUUAUACCCAACCCCCGAAGACUUCAUCCGCGACGCGAAGCUUAUUUUUGAUAAUUGUCGGAAGUAUAACAAUGAGACUACGCCGUAUGCUAAGGCGGCGACUCGCCUCGAAAAGUUUAUGUGGAGUAAAAUUAAGGAGGUUCCGGAGUGGACUCAUCUCGAAUCCGAAUUUACGGGCAAAUAAGAAUAACUCUACCACAGUUCUUUUGGCAUAGAAAUUGUUUGGUCAGUCACGCGGUCUUGGAACUCGUUUGGCUACCCGCGAGCUGCAUUGGGUACAAAGUUUCUGGAAAUACUUUGGAACCCUGGGUGGAAUUCUGUCCAGUCAAAAUAAUUUUUUGGAGAAUAUUGCUGGACAGAUGGCGCUGGUUGUCACCGAGAUACCCGCCGGUAGAGGCACUAAGAAUGCGGCGUUUGGACGGAUUGUAAUGCUCUCUUUGUUUCUGGUAGAUGUAACCUAGGAGGGAGGGUCUUCUUCAAUCCGAUUUGAAGAGCAUUGCUCUAUAUGCAUGAUCCUCGCGAGUAACGAAUAGGCAUUGCUCAAC